UUCUGAAGAAGAUGAAGAAGAAGAAGAAGAAGAGCGUUGGACUUUGCCCAUCCAUUCCAACUCCCUCUUCUUCUUUCUCCUUAUUAUAUAAAGGAUUCUUCUUGCAAACUUUGAUGGCCCAACCUACAGUUGUUGCUGUUAUUAGUGUUUUUAUUCUGUCACAUUCGUUCAUAUCAGGAGUGCAAGCAACAACCUUUACCAUAGUAAACAAAUGCGAUUAUGUGGUAUGGCCUGGAAUUCUCUCAAACGCAGGUGUUCCAACACUUUCCACAACGGGCUUUACUCUCCAAAGUGGUGAAACCAAAACAAUUACCCCACCGACAUCAUGGGGUGGUCGCUUUUGGGGUAGAACCCAUUGCUCCCAAGAUUCUACCGGAAAAUUUUCAUGUCUGACGGGUGAUUGUGGCUCCGGGAAGCUAGAAUGUUCAGGAAAUGGCGCUUCCCCACCUGCCACUUUGGCUGAAUUUACUUUGGAUGGUGCUGGUGGUUUUGAUUUUUAUGAUGUGAGUUUGGUGGACGGUUACAACAUCCCUAUGUUAGUAGUUCCUCAGGGUGGGACAGGGCAAAAUUGUACCUACACUGGCUGCGUAGCUGAUCUCAAUGACUCGUGUCCUUCAGAGCUCAAGGUGAUGAGCACAGACAGCGGCGACGGCGUCGCUUGCAAGAGUGCUUGCGAGGCCUUCCGCCAGCCACAGUACUGUUGCACAGGCCAGUAUGGCACACCCGAUACUUGCAAGCCUUCCUCAUACUCGGAGAUCUUCAAGACAGCGUGCCCACAGGCCUACAGCUAUGCCUAUGAUGAUCUGACCAGCACCUGCACAUGUGCGAAUGCUGAUUAUAUCAUUACUUUCUGCCCUUCCCCUAACACUAGCCAGAAAUCAUCGCGAGGGCAGAACACAACAACGACGACAACGUCAUCUCUAACCAACAGCACAAUGGUGUACCAAGGUGCCUCGGACGACAGCGCGGCAUCAUCGGCCACGUGCACCCACGUGUUCGGAUCACAUGCGAUUGCGGGAAUCGUUGGCAUCACAUUGGCGAUUUGGUGGUCGUGACAACCCUUCUCCCUUGUUGCCUAACCUUAUCUGUAGGGCUAGGGGCCAUGGGCCGUAAACUUAGAAAUAUUACAUUAGCAAAAACAGGCAGAAUAUAGCUAAGCCCCAUUGAAACUUUGGUCCAUUGGGGUGGUUGGGGAUGUCCGUAUCAUUAAUGGGUGGGCUUGACAUGAUGACGUGGGAUCUAGUCAUGACAGAAAAAACUCACCCGUCAAUUAAAUCGAAGCCCCCUAGCCGUUUGCUCUAUCUAUAACAAUCCAAUUGACAAUAUGCAGA